AUGCCAUAUCUUAGUGCCAUGAGCAUGGCCUUUGCGAAUGCCCAAGUGCCGUGUGAAAGGCCCGAGACAGCGCUUGCGGUGUCACAGGACAUUGAUUGGCAUUUCGAUGUUCCCAACGAGCAUUCCAACCAGGUAAACCCGACAUCUCGGCGUUCGCGUUUGUCUCCGCAUCCUCUGUUAGUGCCGAAGCAGGAUCUUGUGGAUCCCGAUGUGGUGACGGGCGUGCAGAUGCCAUCUACGCCAGCCAGGAAAGCGUUCCAGACAUGCUCCCCUUUCUCUUCACCGCUUUCCUGCCGAGCAUCGAUUAUCAAGGCCCCGUCUGCAAGUGGAGGCUGGGCGACCCCUCUUCAAGUGCCAAGGAGGCCUAUGUGGAACCGAGGUGGCUCCACUUCCAAGGACACAGAGCAGCAAAGCCUGUUGGGAGCCGUGGCAGGCAUCUAUGCGGAGCUUUUGAAGGGCGCAGAGUGUGGGGUCCCAGAGUCGGUGACCUACGACAGGUCAGCAGAGAUCGACUUGUCUCACGAGUUCCCACCAGAGCAGAGGGAGGCACAGGUUGAUCCAGAGGCAGCGUUUCACCGCCCACUGCGCGUUGGUUUUGCAGAGACAGCAUCAAUUCAGGUGGCCACCUGA